AUGCAGGGCGAGCACGACACCACCUCGCAAUCAGAGCUUCCUCCUUCCCCUCCCUCCCCUCCCUCCCAAUCCUCCCCUUCAUCACCUCUUCACCAACACCAUGAUUUAACAACAUCUCGACCCACAUCUGCAGAUUUCAAGCCACGCUCAUACACAUCACAAGACGCGAUGGACAACCCUCGUACUGUCUCACGAGAGGGUUCAGUAUUGAGACACCCCACUCCAGACCUCCAAUCAAUCCAAGGAGCGUACGUUGGCAAUAUCGAACGUCUGGAACAAAGUGCCGAGCGACUGAGUCUAUCAUCAGACAUUGGAGAAGAGUUGCGAAAGAUGAGGGUAGAACAACGAAAGUCGCAUAGCAGACGCUCAUCGAUUUUGGAUUCACACAGUGAAGAAAGAGAGGCCGAUAUACCUUUGCACCGACAAUUCUCCUAUGAGUAUGGCUCACACGCGUCAAACUCAAUUGUGGGCACAAACAAUGUCGCUCGGAACGGUGGCUUCUCUCCCGCCGCAUACUUUGCUUCUCCCAGGGGUUCGGUGCGGUCAGGAUCAUGGUCACACCAGAAUUCAGUCAAGGAAAGAUCUCUGUCGUAUGGCCCGCGGCUUGAGCAGGUGUCUGAGCCAGAGCAGGAGGGCAAGCCACUCGACUCGCCGCUAUCCAGCCGAUUGAUACCCUUGGCGCCUCAGCCUGAGUCAUCUACAAAACCACUUCGAGUAAUAAAUGAUGGACAAUACAAUCUUAACGGUGUCGAGAUCCCACAUACGCAACCCGAGGAAUCCGAGGUGGCCGACAAUGGGCAGCAACCUCGAGCGUCCUCUGACACGUACCGGCAAUCUGCAGGUCUUUUCACGGAUUUCGAUGGCGUACACAUUGCGCCGCACUCGGAUGGUCCAAUUGAUGUAGACGAAACCACGAACCGAAGAGUAUCAAGCCAGCCAACUCCUAUCCGGCCAAUCUCCUACAUGCAGCCAACACCAGGCGAGAACAUGGUCUAUUACCCAGCUCCAGUACCCAUGAUGUUAAAUCUUCCCAAACGAUUAUCAAAGCUACCCGCAGCUCCACACCGAGACAAGCGACGCUCAGAGCUCUUGACCAGUUUACCCACAGAAGCCCGCAAAUCAGCUGCGUGGUUGCCAGAUGUGCUUGAAAGUGCGAAUGGCGAUGUACCUCCCGAGUCAGAAGACUCAGCCAUGCAUGUGAAGGAGCGCAAGCGCCGAACGAUGGCCGAAAUGCCGCCACAGCUUAGGGCUACCAUGUUCUUUGACUAUCCAUCAACUCGCCAGGAUGUUGAAGUCAAAGGGGAUUCGGCGGUCGCGACCUUGGACAGCAUCCUCGAUGCCUCUGCGUUCGCCCCUGUCAGCGCAUUUACUGACCAUCCAAUUGCCGGCCGUGUGGGCGCAGAAGUGUACGGUAAAGCUUCCGCUCAAUCAAGAGCCAGCGUCGUACCUGCAGAGAUUCGAGAUCCUGGGCAAAGGAGAAGCACCAUCAACCAUCUCACGAAGCGCAACAGUAGCUCUAACCUACUCGAAAAUACGAAGAAGCGAAACAGUAGCUUGAUGAGCUUGGGUGGUCACUUUGGCAAGAGGAAAAGCAGUGCUCAGCAGUUCGAUGAUGCACAAGAGUACCAUGAGUCUGAAGCUGCUGAUUUGCACGGUGAAGAUGCUCCUCCGCAGCGUUCCCAUGAAGGAUUUGACGGUCUGGGUGAUGAAGACACCGACUUUCAUGAUGCGAGGGAGGAGAUGCUAGAUGGGGAGGACCAGGUUGGGGAACCCGAGGAAGUAGAGGAAUAUACCGGGGCACCCACUACUCUGUUGGCUGAGCUGCAGCUCCGAAAGCUGCAGCAGAAGCAGCGCGGUCGCACAGCCGCAACGGCAUUUCCAAACGGGAUGCACUCCACUCUGUUACAGCUGGAUGCUGUGGCACAGGUCCAAAAGCAGUCAAGGAGACAGAAGCAUACAACGCUCGCAUGGGAAGAUCCUGAAGCCCAUCAUCUGGCCGCUGGGAACCAAGAUGACGAGGACGUGCCUCUAGGUGUGCUCUUUCCAGGACGCCAAAUGGACGCCAACGACAAAUCCCGCCUCUUCGACGAAGACAGACCGCUAGGUCUCAUUGCCAGACGUGACGUGGAAGAUAAUGAGCCGCUCAGCCAUCGUCGCGCACGACUUCGAGGUGAGGAUCCUGCGCCGCGGAUCACAGAACCAGAGAAGCGAAACAGCAUGUACACUCUCGACCUUCCUAAUUUCUUGGACGAGAAACCCCAACUCGAGAAUAAAGACGAAGACGAAACCCUAGCUCAACGCGUCCGACGACUGAAAGCUACAAACAUUCCUACACAGCCGGGACCAGUCAGUGGCGACUUCGCCAGCGAAAUGCUGUCGCAAUUCGGUGGCCUUUCACCCGCAGACCAACCAUCGAAAGACGAAGCCUCUGCCCCCGGCAUCGCCUCUAAAACGCCGGGCCCCGACGAGACCCUCGGCCAGCGCCGCAAACGUCUGCAACGCGAAGCCAAUAAGUCUCGCAACGUAAGCGGCGAAAGCGAUGAGUCCGUCGCCAGACCAGCAAUGACGGCCAGACACAGCAUGGCAACCAUCCUCGCGGCACACCCAGCAGCAGGCGCCAGUACGAGGCCCUUCAAUGACAUCAAGUUUGCCCCUGCCCCGAAGACUCGCAAUACGCCGUGGGCCAUGAAUCAGACGCGAAAGGCCUCGAUGGGGCCCAUGAGGGGAUUGCCUAUGGCGAGUGGACUUGGUGCUUCCAACGCAGGCUAUGCGAACGGGAUUGUUGCUGCUCCAGGAGCCAAUGGGUUUCCAAACCCAAUGAUGCAACAACCUGUCGAAGCUGUCAACCCGAGGCAAAAUGACAUGGUCGAUAGGUGGAGGCAAAGCGUGAUGCAUUAG